GCGAAAACGGGAACGCGGUCUCGAUCGGGGCGAAAAGAAGUCCGGAUCCGUCGAUCCGGCUCCCUCCGCCUCUUAAUCGGGCGGACGUGCCGUCGCGACUUGUCGCGCGUUGGUCGCGAUACAACUUUUUUGCGCGGAGCGUCAAAAAGUUUCUGCAAGGGUUCAGCCGAGGACAGACGCCGCUGCCGGGACCGGGACCGGGAGCCCACCGUAGCCCGGGAUGAUCGGCCAGUUAGCUAAAGUCCGACCCAGCUGAAAAAGAGAGGGGGGGAAAAACCAGAUCUAGGUUUGCUUUUCUCUUCACAGUGACGUUUCCGAGUUCACCGAUGUAGGACGGGUCGGCGGGGACGCGCAGCGAAACGAGUGUCCCGGUUAAACGCGUCCCGUGCAGGAGCAGGUCAGGUCCUGCAGGCACUGAAGCGUAGGAUGCCUCGGGAGGAGAUGAAGAGGCCGUUGAUUCGAGGCGGGAGAGGAGAUGGUUCCAGACAGCCAGAGACUUUAUCUGACCUCGGCACCCCCGUGGUUGGCAUUCUGGGCACGGGGGACUUCUCCCGCUCGCUGGCCAGGAGACUGGUGGCCUCGGGGUACCAGGUGGUGGUGGGCAGCCGUACCCCCAAACGCUGUGCGGCGCUCUUCCCCGAGGAGGCUGAGGUGAUGUCCCAGAUGGAGGCAGCCGGCCAGGCGGACCUGAUAUUUGUCGCCGUGUUUCCCGAGCAUUAUUCCACGCUGGUCGACCUGAAACAGGCGCUGGCGGGGAAAACCCUGGUGGACGUGAGCAACAGCGUGCAGCUCAACCGGGACGGGCCUGCCAACGCCGAACAGCUGGCGGAUCUAUUCCCGGAGAGCUGCGUGGUCAAAGGGUUCAACACCAUAUCGGCCUGGAUGCUGCUGAUGGGACCGCGGGACGGGAGCAGGCAGGUCCUGCUGUGCAGCGACAGCAGCAAGGCCAAGGCGUUGCUCUCGCAGCUCUGCCGCAGCAUGGGCUUCAUCCCCGUUGACAUGGGCCUCCUCUCCGCCUCCCUGGAUGCGGAGAACCUUCCCCUCUACCUCUUCCCCUCCUGGCACACCCCUGUCGUCGCCACCCUGAGCCUCUUCCUCCUCUUCUACAUUUACAACUUCGUCCGUGACGUCCUGCACCCCUUUGUCAUGUCGGGGAAACGGGUUUUCCACAAGCUGCCCAUAGAAACCGUCAACGUCACCCUGCCGUCGGUCGCCCUGGUGAUACUGGCGCUCGUGUAUCUGCCCGGUUUGUUGGCCGCCUUCCUCCAGCUGUCACGGGGUACCAAGUACACCCGCUUCCCUGAUUGGCUGGACCGGUGGCUGAUCAUGAGGAAGCAGCUUGGCCUGUGUAGCUUCCUGUGUGCGGCACUUCAUGCCAUCUACAGCCUGUGUCUGCCCAUGAGGAGGUCUGCACGCUACAGCCUGCUCAACGACGCCUUUAAACAGGUAAAGAACGAGGUGGAGAACUCGUGGGUGGAUGAGGAGGUGUGGCGGAUGGAGCUGUACCUGUCGGUGGGCAUCGUGGCCCUGGGGCUGCUCGCCUUGCUGGCUGUGACCUCGCUGCCCUCGGUGGCCAACAGCCUCAACUGGAGGGAGUUCAGCUUCAUACAGUCCCGACUGGGCUACGCAGCCCUGGCGAUGGCCACCCUGCACACGCUCCUCUUCGGCUGGCGCCGAGCCUUCAACCCGGCCAACUACCACUUCUACCUGCCGCCCACCUUCGUGCUGGUCCUGGUGCCGUGCUGCGCCGUGCUGCUGGGCCGGCUGGCGCUGGCCCUGCCCUGCGUGGCCCUGCGGCUCGCCCGCAUCCGCCGCGGCUGGGAGAAGAAGCAGCACAUCCGUUUCAACCUGCCGGAGAACGACGGCGGCGGGGGCUGCUCGCUCGAUGACAUCAGCCAAGUGUGAAGGGACCCCGCCGGGUGUGGGUGUGUACGAGUGUGUGUUGUGCGUAUUCGAUACACAUGUAAAAUGCACGCCGGCUCGGAAGGGGCGUUAACAAUUCAACCGUGGAACUUAUUGAACAUUUCUCCCAGCAGACAGUGAAGGGAUUUUAGCUUCUUCUUCUUCUUCUUCUUCUUCUAGCAACCUUGCUGGAUACACUUCUUCUUUCUCUCCUGCUGAUGCGGAGAUCUGUCAAUCAAAGCACUGGUUCCCAAGCGUUUUGCACUACGCAACCCGCAGCGACGACGAGAUUUAUGUAGAUCCUCUUUUAUGCCGCUUGCUUUUCUUUUAAUUUAUUGUUUCCUGCUGGUUCUCAAGUUUAAAUCCAGCGUUUUGAGCGGAGCGCCGUUCUCCUCGUGCUUCGUUAACCUACACUCCUCAUUCGUUCUCAGCCGACCGGCGGCCCCAAACCCGAGGAUAGCGUGUCACCCUGCCUCCCCCCCCCCCCACAAAGCAAAAUGGGUCAGUCCCUGUAGCAAAGUCAGACAUGGUUUUCAGCUUGCCCCAAUUUGGGUCGCGAGUUGUUUUUAUUUUUACGUUUUGUUCUUUUUCCGAUGAGGUCAUCAUCGACUCCUGCGGCGCGAGGUCGUGGGAGACGGAUCGCGCUCGGAUGUGGCUUUCAUAUUGCUCCGUUAAGUACCCGUCACGCUAACUGAGACUGUCGGUUCGAGGUUCGAGUGUUUCUCUAUAUCUGUAACGUGCCAACCGGGAGUCCAGAAUCCACCGUGCCGGGUCAUCGUAAUGUGAAGCGUAGCCUGCUGUGUUGACGAAGGUUAAAUGUGUUCUUAUAAAUAAUUUCCUUUAUAGUAUUUGUACCGAACCAUCCUGCUGAGACGAAGUCGACGGGGCUUUUUAAAUGCAUAGAAAAUGUUUAAUUGCCUGUUUUAAAUAAUUCAAACAAGUGCCCUGUGAGCUGAACUGAAAACGAGGUUUGUCGGGCCUUCUCACCUUUUGUCCUUAUGAAGAAAGAAUGUUAUUUUAGAUGCUAGAAUAAACUUAUUUUAUAAACCUG